UUAACUGAUGUUUGAACAAAGUAGGUUCACAGCUAUCAAAUAUAAGUAAGAAAAUAUAUUUUACUCUUAUUCCAUAGCAGAGAUACAUGAAAAUUUCAAAUAAUUAGCAAACAAGGCUUUCCCUUGGCUCACAAAUUAAUAUCUAUUGGAUAUCUCUGUACAAGUAUUGCCUCUGAAUGUGGCUUGAUUGAUUUAAAGCAUUAUUGAUCCCCAUGAGAGAGAGAUCACAUGUCAAGAAGAACUGUAUUUGAUUCCUGCCUCUGAAACUUAGAUAGCUAUAUUACCAUGGCAGCAAGAUGUCUGAAUUGUAACUCUCCUCAACUGUGGAGGAAAGAAAGGAAUGAAACCAUGGAUCCACUAUACUCGCUGCCAGCUAGUGGACUGGAUGACAAUCUUCAGGGAGAAAAUUUUUCCUCUGCUUUCAAUAGUAGUGAAAAUAAAACAAUGGUCAUUCUGUCUCAUUUGUCUACUGUUCACACAGUAAUCAUCCCCAUCAUCUACCUCCUUGUGUGCAUGAUUGGGCUCAGUGGUAAUGCUCUUGUCAUUUAUGUGGUUUUGCGGUACGCUAAGAUGAAGACUGUCACCAAUAUCUACAUCCUCAACUUGGCUAUAGCUGAUGUCCUUUUCAUGCUAGGUCUGCCAUUCAUUGCCACCCAAAAUGCCAUUUCCUACUGGCCCUUUGGCACCUUCCUAUGCAGGCUUGUGAUGACUGUAGAUGGCAUUAACCAGUUCACCAGCAUUUUCUGUCUUACUGUUAUGAGCAUGGAUCGAUACCUGGCCAUAGUACAUCCCAUCAAGUCCACCAAGUGGCGUCGACCAAGGAUAGCCAGGCUUAUCAGUGCUGCUGUCUGGGCCUUCUCAUUACUGAUGUCCCUUCCAGUCAUCAUAUUUGCCGAUAUCCAAGAUUUGAAUACUUGUAACAUCAGUUGGCCUGAACCAGUGAAUAUCUGGUCAGCAGUGUUCAUCAUCUAUACCUCUGUCCUAGGGUUCUUUGGGCCCCUCUUGGUGAUCUGCCUCUGCUAUUUGCUUAUUGUGAUCAAGGUCAAAUCAUCAGGGGUCCGGGUAGGCUCCACCCGGAGGAGGAGGUCAGAGCGGAAAGUGACCAGGAUGGUGGUCAUCAUUGUUGUUGUCUUUGUGUUUUGCUGGCUGCCGUUUUUCACUGCAAACAUUGUCAAUCUGGUUUUUAUCCUGCCUGAAGAAGCUGCCUCUGCAAGUGUAUAUUUCUUUGUGGUGAUCCUCUCCUAUGCUAAUAGUUGUGCUAAUCCCAUUCUGUAUGGGUUCCUGUCUGACAACUUCAAGCAGAGUUUUCAGAAGGUCCUGUGCCUCCGAAAGGGCUAUGGCGUUGAAGAUGGUGAUCCCACCGAUCACAGGCUAGAGAAAAGCAGCCGCCUGCAGGAAGCCAUGCUGUCCUCUCAAAAUACGGAAUUCAAUGGGCACAUGCAAACAAGCAAAGUGUAAAGAAACUCCUCCAUGAAGUGUAAAUAUGGUGGCUUGCUGGGGUGAAGAUUUCAAGAAACCUGGAUAGGAGUUAAAAUGGGGGAACUCUCAUAUUCCAGCUGUUGAAAAUCUUCAUAUUCCAUUUGCUAUCAAGUUUAGCAUCUCAGUUUAUGGAAUUACAGGAUCCUCAUCAAAAAUGGGGUUGUAGGGAAGAGACAAAACUCUUGUCAAAGUUGUUUAGUGUGAAUUGCCAACCUUAUCACCAUGGUGUAUUCCAAAAUUCAUCUGAUGCUUAAAAGUUGCUUCCUCUGAAGUUUGUUUUCUAAAGUAUAGAUCUGGCAUGAUAGCUACUAAUAGCAAUCACUUCAUUGCUUUGAAAGACUUGAGAGGGAAGAGGAGAAAGAAUGAAGACUCCCUCUAACCUUCCUUCCUACAUCCAUCAUGUUUUGUGAAAAUCGUGACUUUGGUUCUUUGUUUCUGCCUCUGUAAAAUGAGGGGGUGGUGGUGAACUGGAUGAUCUGUAGGGCUACUUCUACCUUUAAAUUUGAUGCUGCUUUCCCCAGGAAUAGUGAUGAGACAAGGAGUUUGGUAAACUGCCUCCAGUUUCCAUUAUCAAAUAAACUUGUGUACAGAGCACUAGUUGGGAUAGGGAUGAACAUAGGUGCAUUCAAACUUUCACUAAGAAAUGGUUCCCUGUUCCUAUUAGAAUGUGGGCUUUAAAUGUCCACUCCUUUCUCCAUUUUCAGAAGGGAUCUGAGGACCCAAUUUUGUGAGUAAUAUGGUCAAUAACUUUUUGAACCUUCAUGAAGAAAAGAGCCAAACUAAGUUCUACAGAACCAACUUUUGGCAUUUCUUUCCUUGAGUAGGUUUUUGGGCCCCCCUUUCUUUUUUGGAGGCCAAAUGUGACUUGUUUCAAAUAUGACAAUGGGGAGCAGAAACAAGAAAUCUAUAACCUUUUAAACAGUGCUCUUAUAUGAAGCUGAUGUGCAUUAGGAUGUUUGCUGAUAAUCUCCAGUGACAUAAAAUAUUGAUUGUUGUCCAGUUGACAAACUGCUGUCAUGAGGCCCUGUGUCUAUUUUGUUCUGUAUGUCUGUGAUAGAAACUGGAAUUUAAAAGUUAUUUUGUGAAAUUAAAGAGAAUCUGAAUUUUCCCUCACUGAGCUAAAGAAGUUCCUAUCUUUUCUUGUCAUUGAUGCAUAAAGGAAGACAAGAUGACUAUCACUUCAACCUGGAUGCCACUUUAAUCCUGUUUGACUUGUGAGGCUAAGUAAAUACCUUGGGGGUAGUGGACAGUAGGGAGCAGGGCAUCUUUUGCAGCUGUGAAAAGGGAGGGCUAAAGUGAAAUUCAAGAGUGGAUAGUGCAGAAGUCUUUAGUCGCUGCUGCCACUGGCUUGCUGAACCAUAUUGAUUCAGUGUUAGCAGAUACAACUUAAGUCAAACUGCAGUCUAUGGAUCAGAAGCAAGGAGUGUGUGCAUCUCCCUAGGCUGGCAAUCAAUAUCAAGGUCAUGUCUCCCAACUCAGCCUAGAGCUCUACCACUUCACAAUCAAUAAAUAUUUAUUGAUCAAAUAUGAACUCCAGUUCCUUCUUUAGCCUUCAUAUAUACACAUGUACACAGUCUUAAAUGGAAGACAGUUUCUUUCUUCUUCUUAUAUCACAAGGUCAUUCUUAUCCAGAAUCCCUAUAUCACUUUCCAGAGUCUGUUUUGGUUGUACUUUUGAGUCAUUGAAAUAUUUUCAGUAUGUGUGUGUAAAAGCUUCCUUAUUAAAAAUGUUCAACAAUUAUAGUUGCCUUUUAUAUGGAACAUACUAUUCUGAAGCAAACUCUGCCCUCAGGAAGCUUAUGUUCUAUUCAAUUUAUUUCAAUAAGAAGAUCCAAAAGGUCAAUAAUUCUAUUUUAAAGCCAAUGGAAACUUCUAAGGACUCUUGGAGUAUUAUUCUAAUCCUUAUGAUUACAGUGAUUACAGUCUACAUAAUUUUAUGCAGUUGGAUUUCUCUUCUUAGUUUCAAUUUACUUCUCUGUAAUUUGAAAACAUUGUACUAAAUGCCCUUUGACGUCUUUUUCAUUUUAUUCCUGUGAACCCAUGACACCCAAGCUUUAUCAAGCCUGGUGAUUCUUGACUAGAGUCAUCUAUCAUACACUCUAGGAUUUUUAGGAUUAUUGGAUUGUUUGCUUGUGAUACCAAGACUGACUUAGACUUAGAGAAAUUACUUUUUGGAGGUAUGAGAGGACUAGGAUUCUCUCAAUGUUUUCCUCCAAAUGCAACAAAACUGUCCCCGGAAUUUGAUUGGUCCCUGCUUCCUUUGCUGGAGCUCCCUGGUUACUAACUGGUAUUAAAUAAAUCCCAUUUAUGUGGAAGCGGGGGUCCUCCAAUCUGGUGGAUUUCUGAAGAUCACAAGCCACCAUUCUCUGUCCUGCUGAGUAGAAGGAGAUUGAAUCUGGAGAAACCAAGUGUUACUAUAUCUUUACUGCUAUCUUUCCUAUUUGGGAGCAAAUAAGACUUCUUUUUAUUAACUUGCAUGACUUAUGAAUAUCUCAUUCCAUCCUGACAAUGAACCUGGAAUAAGAAGGCUACUUCUAUCAUUAGGCCAACUUCUAACAUGAGGGAAUGGAACUUGGAUAAGGAUUGAUUUAUAUAGCACUAAGUGAAUGAUAAUGAUCAGUUGGCUGACUCUUGGAGAGCACAUGGCUGCUGUUGAGUAGUUGGUAGAUAUUCAUUUUAUCUUAUGAGGGUUGGUAGACAUAUUGUUUCAGUUUUAUAAAGGAGAAAUCAAAGUUUAGAGAGAUAAAGUGAAAGAUAUAAUAUCAGAAUAUCUGAUAUUGUAUAACUGAUAAGUGGCAAAGCUGGAAAUAAAACCUGGAUCCUUAGUGAUAGUCUCCAAGUUUGGAAGGACUGCAUUGAUCACCUACCUGAAGCAACCAGAGUUCUCACAAAUGAUCAACAGGCUUCCCCAUGAAGACUUCCACUGACAAUAACUUGUACCCAAUAAAACUCACCUGGUUUUGACUU